GACCUACACAUCAGACUUCUUCACCUGCGGGAUCGUCUGAGACCAGCCACCUGGACAGCUGAUGAAAGCUGAUAGCUCCCUAGACAGGAGUGACCUGUUCUGCCCAACGGUGAAGUCAGCUCAAAACAAGAAUGACACUAGGUUAAGCACGUGGAGUAAUGAGUAGGAUUCUGUUUUCACAUGCAAAAGUGAUUGCUUUUGAUGAAAACGCUUUAUCUGCUUUCCCAAUGACAACUGGCUAGAAAAUGUGAACAUGCAUUUUAUGGAAAAGAGACGUAGGUUUCUGAAUGACGGAUCAUGCUGCCUUUCUAAAAACAUAACCAAGCGGUUCAGAUUGCUGUUCGAUUUUAGCAGGGCGCGCCUCCCUCACGUGACGGACCAUAGCCCCGUGCAACUCUGGCCAGUUUAAUAUAACCCCAUCGUGGUUGUACAAGGUGCUCUCGCUUUCUUCCCACAAAAGGAAGCUAGAGCACAACAAUCUUGAACAGAUAUUCAGUAUUCAAAACAAAAAAAAUCCAUUCCCCCACCACCUAUCUCGUUUAGUUUAGUUAACACUGCUGUCAAUGACUUCCCAGUCACCGGACUUUGCCCUGGUGAAUUGAUUGAAAGAAAACAGGCACCAGAAGAAUCUAGUCAUUAGUGGUUGUGGACUGCAUUUUUAAACUUGGAAGUACAGGAAGCUGUAAUAUAUACAAGCAGAUUUAUCUUAUUGUAUGAGAUAAAUGAGAAUUAUUUUCUCAAUCUGGAUCGAGUUACAUGUCGGGAUUGUAAAUUAUAGUCUGCAAUAGAAUGGCAGACCGAAAAGCAGUGAAAAUUGUCAGUGAUCAACCAGACUUUCUGCAGUUUAAUAACCUGGCCUGUGAGACAGCUGGAGGAAAUGUUAUUUUUGCGACAGACGAAUGGUUUGCACCAGCUAGCAAUCUUCUGAAGAGAGAGCCACCAGAGUUCAUAGCGUCUGCAUUCACCGAGUACGGAAAAUGGAUGGAUGGCUGGGAGACGAGAAGGAAAAGAAUACCUGGUCAUGACUGGUGCAUCAUCCAGCUGGGUGUACCUGGCAUCAUACAUGGCCUGGAUGUGGACACGUCCUUCUUUACUGGAAACUACUCGCCCUCUGCCUCUGUUCAGGCUGCAUGUCUGGAUGAGUCCCCAGCCCUGACCCUGGAGGGAGACCGCACUGGCAUGGCUGCUUCCGACAGUCAGUUUGAAGCAGUUGCUAAGUUGCACUCUGAGUCGUGGGAGGAGCUUGUUCCUGUGACAGAGCUGAAACCUGGAUACUCCGACACCUGUCAUAACUACUUCCCAAUCAACUACCCCAGCAGAGUCACCCACCUACGACUCAACAUGUACCCAGAUGGGGGGAUUGCUAGACUGAAGGUCUAUGGCGUUGGGCAGAAAGACUGGUCUGCCCUGCCCACACAGGACCAGCUGGACCUGGUGGCCCUGGUCAACGGUGGGGUCUGUCUGGGCUACAGCGACGCCCACUUUGGCCACCCCCGGAAUAUGAUUGGUUUGGGAAGAUCUGCAAACAUGGGCGAUGGAUGGGAGACAGCCCGUCGACUGGACAGACCCAAAAACCUACAGGUGGAUGGGAAGGGCAUCCUACAGGUACCAGGUUAUGAGUGGGCCGUUCUCAGACUGGGGCAUCCCGGAGUCAUCAGCCAAAUUGAGAUAGACACCAACCACUUCAAAGGAAACUUCCCAGACUCCUGUAAGAUCGAAGCGUGCCAUCUGACCCCCGAGGAGGAAGGGAAGUAUGUGAGUGGCAGGUGGAGCAGCGAUCCAGGAAACAAAUGGCGGGUGCUUCUGCAACCUCAGAAACUGCAGGCCCAUCACAGGCACUUUUACUCAUGUGACUCGCUGGCGCAAUCUGGGCCGGUCAGUCACGUGCGCCUGGUCAUCGCCCCAGAUGGAGGGGUCAGCCGACUCAGACUCUGGGGGCGUCCGACUUCCACAAGACACACCUCCAAACUGUGAUGCAUUAGGCCACAUUAUUGGAUGAGUUUUGGUGAGCUCAUUGUGGAAAUUAAUGGCUUGAGUGUAACGUGUAGGCUACAUAUGAAGCUUAAAAAAAUAAACUUUCAUCUGAAAAGAUA